GUGAGCGCAGCAUCUUCCACUUCCACGAUCCGGGAAAAACACGCAGCUCUGCACCUAAAUCUCGCAUCCGCAUAUAUUAAUACACUCUAAUAUCUGGACUUUACUAACAUAUCCGCUCACCAAAAGCAGCUGGGAUCCGUUACUGCACGGAGCUUUUUUGUUUUGCGUCAUUUAUUUGCUUAUUAUUUAUUCGACCUAUUUAUAGUCCAUCCAUGAGGAGAUCGCCACCAGAAGACAAAGCAGCGCGUAGGUUAUAGGAAGGAAUAAACGAGCCCGAAGACACUCCUGGACACGAACAACCCGCUCCUGAAUGCUGAUUUGAAUCUGUUAAUCCGGCGGGGCAUCAUCUUCAUCCGCACUGUGCCGCACAUUUCGCUGUUUUUUGAGGGAUUUUUGCGCAUCGGGAUCGCAGCACACAGCACAUAACACACGCACGCACAGGUCUGUUCAUCUCAACCUGAGAUUUGAGGUGCACGAUCGUUUCGACCGUGAGAAAAUGAUGGCCGGCGGGGCAGUGCAGCAAAACGGCAUUUUCUCCAAUCCGCACCACCACAAUCAGCAGCCGCAUAUGGAGUCGGACCCGCCGGAUUCGCGCAAGAGACCAUUAGAGACGCCGACCGAGGCCAGCAGCACCAAGCGCACCAACACAGGGGAAGAGGGAGAGUACUUCUUGAAGGUGCUGAUUCCCAGCUACGCAGCAGGAUCCAUUAUAGGCAAGGGUGGUCAGACUAUUGUGCAGCUACAAAAAGAGACAGGUGCCACCAUCAAGCUGUCCAAAUCCAAAGACUUCUACCCAGGAACAACUGAGCGAGUAUGUUUGAUCCAGGGCACUGUGGAGGCCCUGAACAGCGUCCAUGAUUUCAUAGCCGAGAAGGUCCGGGAGAUGCCUCAGAGUGCCGGCAAAAUAGAGCCGGUCAGCAUACUGCAACCACAGACCACGGUUAACCCAGACCGCAUCAAACAGGCCAAGCUUAUUGUGCCCAACAGCACAGCAGGACUGAUCAUUGGUAAAGGUGGAGCCACGGUAAAAGCGGUGAUGGAGCAGUCGGGCGCAUGGGUGCAGCUCUCACAAAAGCCAGAGGGUAUCAACCUACAGGAACGUGUGGUCACCAUCAGCGGAGAGCCUGAGCAGAACCGCAAGGCUGUAGAAAUAAUUGUCCAGAAAAUCCAGGAGGACCCACAAAGCAGCAGCUGCCUUAACAUCAGCUACUCUAAUAUUACAGGCCCUGUGGCCAACUCCAAUCCCACAGGCUCACCAUACGCUAACUCGGCAGAGGUAAUGCCUGCUGCAGCAGUUGCGGCCGCUGCAACAGCCUCCAGUCUUCUAGGGCACGCCAGCCUGGCAGGUGUUGGUGCCUUUCCCACUGCUGCCAUGUCCAGCUUCUCAGGGAAUGACCUCCUGGCCAUCACAUCAGCUCUUAACACAUUGGCCAGCUAUGGAUACAACACCAAUUCCCUCGGUCUCGGGCUCAACCCAGCCGCUGCCUCAGGGGUCCUGGCAGCUGUUGCGGCCAGCGCCAACCCUGCUGCUGCUGCAGCCGCUAACCUCCUGGCUUCCUACGCCAACGAUGCAUCCACCAGCACUGGCCACCCAGCCGCUGGCCUUGGAGGAUUCACGCUAGGCUCACUGGCUGCUGCCACUGGGGCUACCAAUGGUUACCUAAGCGCAGCAUCCCCACUAGUAGCAAGUUCCUUACUGGCCACAGAGAAGCUGGCUGAAGGUGCCAAGGAUGUUGUUGAGAUUGCUGUGCCUGAGAACCUGGUGGGAGCCAUCUUGGGCAAGGGAGGCAAGACACUUGUGGAGUACCAGGAACUGACGGGAGCCAGAAUCCAGAUUUCCAAAAAGGGAGAGUUCGUUCCAGGCACCAGGAACCGGAAAGUCACCAUCACAGGAUCACCUGCCGCCACACAGGCAGCCCAGUAUCUCAUCAGCCAGCGAAUAACAUAUGAGCAAGGUGUGAGGGCCACCAAUCCACAGAAGGUGGGCUAAAACAAAAGAGAGAAGGAGUGGGGGAUGGAUGGAAAAAUACAGAGAAAGAAAAAGGAGGGCACGAGUUUUGAAAGAAAUCACCCACAAGCUACAUGCUUUUUCAGUAUUAAAAAGAUGGAAACCUAGUCCACUCCGAAAGGAAUGAGUAAAAAAUAAGAAAACCGAGAAAAAAACAUGUAAAAUGUAUAUAUGGGUUCAUUUCUUUUGAU